UCAUGGUUAGAUAAUACAAUAGAUAAAAACCACGCAAUAUUUUUACAUCAGAUUUAAAUUAAAACGAGUUUAGCAAUCAUUAUAAUAUAGAGUGUGAAUUGAAAAAAACAAAACAUAAUGACAGUUAGAAUAGCUAUUGUAGGAGAUAAAGGAGUUGGAAAAUCAGCUCUUGUUCACCUUUGUGUGAAAAACUUGUUUCAACCGAUCGCACCAUCUGGGAAAGACGUUGCGCACAGAUUGUUAACGGCUAAAAACGCUGUUGUAGAUCUUAUCGAUUUUAAUGGUAAAAACGAUGCUCUAAUAAGCUGCGCUGACGGUUUUAUAAUAUGUUAUUCAAUAACAGAUAGAAAAAGUUUCGAGAACAUAGAGUCUAUUUUAAUAAAAAUUGUUGAUUUAAAUAUAAAAAGACCGAAAAUUGCAAUUAUAGGUAAUAAAAAUGAUUUAGACGAUCAAAGACAGGUCUCUGUAUCAGAUGGACUUAAUUUUGCCAAAGAAUUAAAAGUUUUGUUUUACGAAACCUCUGCUCUUGUUCCAUCAAUCGAUUUUAGGCAAGUUCUUAAUGAACUUCGUAAAUCUAUUUUAAGCUCGAGGAAAUCAGAAAAAAAAGUAAAACACACAAACUUCUUAAGUUCGGAAAAUUUAUUAAACGAAGUUCUAGACAAAUCGAUAAUUAACACGAAAAAAUUUAAUGGCUGCAGUCGUAACAAACAAGAACGCGUGUUCGGAACUAUAAAAAAGAAACUACUAAAGAACAAUCACCGUCUCGUCAAAUAAUUUUUUUUUAAAACCAAACAAUUCUUAUCUAAUCUUAUGUUUCCGUUAAGGAUAUUUAUUUUAAUAAUUUAUUAAAAAUAUUUUAUUUUUUAAAUUUUAUUUAAAAAAUUAAGUA